AUGCUCGACGGCUUCGAAAUGGUAGUGCGCAUCCCGUACCCCGUGACGGUCCCCAAGUUAUACGCUGUGGCUAGUGAAGUUGCCACGAUGUGUUUCCUCCGGUCGCGUGGGCUGCCUAUUUCCCAGGUUUACAGCUACUCACCUUUGCCGGACAACCCUGCACAGACGGAAUACAUUUUCAUGGAGUAUGUCAGAGGUACGAACCUCAGCGACGUGUGGUUCGACCUGGAGGAACGGGAUAUCGUUUCGGUCUUGCGUCAGCUUGUCCAGCUCGAAUCACGGAUGAUGUCUAUUCCUUUCCCGGCUGGUGGGAGCCUCUACUACUCCCACGACCUCGAGGAGGUGACUGGAGGGAAAUCGGGCACUCUACUCGGCGGCGACGAGCGCUUCUGCAUCAGCCUGGAUGCCCGGGUGCAUAUGUGGUACCGACGGCGGUCGCAGCUCGAGGUGGACAGGGGACCAUACACAACCGUCGAACAGGCGCUCGCAGCGCCCGCCCGCAAGGAACUCGCGUACCUUGCGCACUUCGGGCGCCCGCUGCCUCCCUUCCAGCGUGAGCGCCGGGAGUUGUACGAGCAUAAGCCACAGCCACCCUCGGACCACGCUGUAAACCUCGAGCGCUACCUCCUCGCGCCGUCGCUCGUCCCCGCAAACACAGUGACCCAUCAGUUCUGUAUCCGCCAUCCCGAUCUCCAGCCGGGCAACAUCAUUAUAUUGAGGUCACGAGACACGAACGAGCUGCGCAUCGAGAGCCUGCUUGACUGGCAACACGCCGCGAUCCUCCCACUGUUCCUCCAUGCAAAUAUACCGGGGAGCAUGCAGAACUACGAUGACCCGUCCUCGCAGCUGCUCGUCCCGCCCUCGCUGCCUGCGAACACGGGCGAGCAGGACGAAGAGGCGAAGGGGCUGUACCACCGCUGGCUCAUCCACUUCCACUACUGGCAAUUGUGGGAGGGAGGCGCGCCGUGUCCAAUCGUGUUCGAAGCCGAGGACGUACGCACGACGAAUGAGCUGGCCGAACGGCUGCAGCUCGCGGACGAGAAUUACGAGGGGGUCCAGCGCAUCGUCGGGUUCGGCGCGGAGACGUGGGUGCCCAGCAAGCGCUACAAGAUGGCGCGGGACCUCGCGGAGCUGCUGAAGUUGAAGGUGUUGAUGCAGAUCCCGGAGGAGGAGGUCCGAGAUAAGUUUGAUGCAAAUUGGUUCUUGAAUGAUAUGGACAAGACUGAGUAUAUGUGA